UACUGGGGGAAUAGGAAGUGAUUGCCGUCUCGUGCACGUGAAGCCGGCACUCACGGUUCGGCCUCUGUGUUCUCACCACCGUUUGUAAACAGUGACACAAAUCUAAGGAUACCAUCGACUCGCGAUCUGCGAAGGUCGUCAGGGGUCAAGCAGUGACCUCGACGGAAACAUUUCUCCUGUUGGACUUCACGGAUUAACUCCACGUGGAGGGAUUAUCAAGGUUCGUUAUUCAGACUAGUGCACAUUAUCUAACGGGUUUACGGUCGUCACGUGAUAUUUUACUAAUUAACGAGUACUCAUCACAUCAAAUGUAGUAACGCCAUAAUUCAUUAACUGGCUAAUUUCAAUCUUCAAUAAAGGACAAAUAUACCAGGACAUAUUUAUUUAAAAAUCCAUCAAGCCACCGGAAGUAGGGAGAAAUCUAUACCGGAAGCACGUGGCAAUGUGCUGGGCAGCAAAUGAUAUUAUCAAGUUUCUACUCUGGAUGAAAUCAAGCUUGGAUUACCACCUCGGAUUAUAGAUUAGCUGGAGAUUAAGUGUGUGACAAUAGACCGAAUGGACUCCUAACGGUGGCAUGGGGUCGUGUGUCGCGGGUUCUAAACAUUUGCUUCUCUCGGCUAGGGCUAUCGAGGCAUGAGGCCAUGAGACGUCUGAAGCGAGACGUGCGCUGGAUUACCCAGACCAAUAACUUUCUAGUCGCUGUCAUGGCCGCCAUGACGUCUAUGGCACUGGCCAUGCACACAUUUCAUGACGAUUUCAACGAAGAAAAUGUGCCGGUUCCGGUCUUGUUGCCGGGUGUUGAAACCGUGAACGUCAGCGAGGGGGGUGUCGCCAUCUUACCGUGCUCCGUCAAACAUCUUGGUACUAAGCAGGUGUCUUGGGCCCGGAUCUACGAUGCAGAAAACAGAACUAUCUUGACCAUUGGGGCAACGCUGUGGACAGAGGACAUCAACCUGUCCAUUGAUCAUUCCAAGAACUCAAACCACGUGACCCAGUGGAACCUGGUCAUCAAGCACGUGGCGCCGAGGAACGCUGGGACCUACGAGUGCCAGGUCACAUCCAAGUUCAUCAUCAAACGUUACGUCACGCUCCACGUAGGACCACCAAUAGCCAAACCAGAUUCCAGCAACUCACCAAGACAUCCGCCCCAGGGUCACACCAACAACGUCCCCAACGUCCCGGUCAGCGUGUGCGGCGCGGCAGGCAUGCACGGAUGCUGGGAUGACGUCACAGACGGGGAAAUUUCUCAGAAUAACAAAGCCAUCUCCAUAACUGGGAAAAGAUUCGUUGACCUAGGGGAAAAGAUCCACUUGGUUUGUAAUGCGUCGGGCGGCCCACGGGUACCGGACGAGAUCGACUGGUUCAAGGGUGGGGAUAAAAUCGAUUCCACUAAGUAUCGGCACGUCACGAUUGAUAAGUAUCAAUCGAUGACCGAUCGAUCGUUCGUCUCCGAGCUGAUCAUCGACCACAGCUCACACAGCGACACCGGCGACUACAUCUGUCGCAGCAGCAGCAACGACAUUGUCAAUCUCAAGGUCACGGUGUUAAACGCGGAGUCAACGAAAAAAAAUAGAGAUGUACAGGUCAAGGGCGAGUUUGUUGGAAAUGGCGGCAAGAGUAUUCACACCAAGACGCUAGUGAACCGUGCCGUGCUCGCGGCCAUCUUGACUUUGUGUUCGCUGUACCUUGACCUCGUCUCAUGAUCAUAUAGUGUGUAACGGUAGCCACUGUGUCGCUUACACACAACACACGGCACAGGCGCGACAUGGUGGAACUUCAGGGAGGUCGGAACUUAAUAGAUGAUGGAAUGCUGAACAAACACAUAGCACAGUGAUUCCAAACACGUCUUUUCUAUUUCUUUAUCCGUGUCAGCUCGUGAGAUCAUCUCAACGAACUCUCUAGCUUGUGAGGUGAGGUUUGUACACGCUAACACAGUGGGGGCAAAAAUAUUCGAUUUCAUUUCAACUCACCUUGCCAUGGAACGAUUAAAAAUGGCAGCCACAGCAAAUUACUGGCAGUUAUUAGCUACAUGAAAUUUGAACUUUCAGAAAUACAGAUUCACUUUAUAAGCUAAAACCAUGGGCUGGUUUAGCCGAUAGACUGACAUUUACCUGGCCAAUUCAAGGAUUUAUGAAUUCACUCCCUUGUUAUUCUAUCUGUCAGGAUGUUGUAAAUAACUCGUCGUGUGCUCAACAGGCACACAACUAGGCUUGAGAGUACGACUCUAGUGCUUGUUGGUAUUUAUUAUUGUUUUAUUUAUUAUCAAGCUCGUCUGCUCCAACCGAGCAGUAACUCAUCCUAGCCAUUUUUUUUUUCUGUCAAGAGUUAAGUUUUCCUGACCCUUAGACAGAAAUCAUUAUUUUAACUUUUUUUAAAUGAUUGUUUUUAGCUUAAACUUUUCACCCCAGGUUCAGAUACAAAAACAUAAAAGAAACAAAUUAUUUGAAAGAAUGUUGGUUUAAAAAUUGGCUGCUUUCCUGCUGCAAGAUUUAUUUUUAAAAAUUUAAGUGAAAACUACGGCAGAGGGUGAAGUCUGGUCGACAUAGUUACCAGCAGAGGCAAUGACCUCUCUAUAUCGUGACCGGAAGAGGCAAUGUCCUCUCUAUAUCGUGACCGGAAGAGGCAAUGACCUCUCUAUAUCGUGACCGGAAGAAGCAAUGUCCUCCCUAUAUGGUGACCGGAAGAGGUUAGCUGCUUGGACAAAUAUCUUGUUUUAGAGAGGUGGGCAGUAGGGGUCAUCUUAUUGUCACCAUUGGGGUCAUUUCUUAUGGACACCAGUAGGGGUCUCCUCUUGUGGUACCCAAUAGGGGUCAUUUUUUUUUUAAACACUGGGGGUCAUCUCAAAAUGCCACCAUUAUGAGUCAUUUCUUAUGGAAACCAGCGGGGGUCAUUUCUUAUGGACACCAGUAGGGGUCAUAUUAUUGCCACCCUUGGGGGAGGUGGGGGGGGUCAUACCCUUAUUGUCAUCAUUUGAUGUCCUCUUUUCUGGCACAAUCUAGUUGCUCAACCUGCAACGAUAAAAUCAAACGUCAGUCAUCAUUGGCUCUACCGUCUAUAUAUAGAUUACACUGUGUAUUCAUUGAUCCAUAGAAAUCAUGUCACACCUCAAACCCUAAACUUCCUCCACACAACUGAUCCAAGCACAUGUUCUCAUAUUUGUAUGUGUGAUCUUUUUUUCAAAAUCCCUGUAAAGUAUUCGACUUAUUUUAAACAACAGCAAAAUGUAUGUCGUAUUUUUUACUCUUUGUCCUUAAUGUAUAAGAAAAACGCCAGUUGUUGGUAUUAAUGACUUUGUUGAAAGAUGUACCUCACACAUUUGUAAUUAUAACAUGAAUCAGAGGAAUCUCAUAGCAUUUCCGGUGUCAUGCGCUGAAACUCCGGAAACUCGGGAUAUUGCGCAUGCGCAUUAAUGUAAGGGCUAGCUUAUACUGUGGAGCUUUUUUAAUACACUGGAAUAAGAAAGGUUCUGGUAAAUAAUCAGGGUAACGAUAUGUGACCUUGGCAUUGGAUUCUGUGCUACACAACGUUAUUGUUUACAAGAAUGUACUUUCAUGUAUUUCGUUCAGCUCUUUCUUUAUUAUUUAAAAAAAAAGGAAAUGUAGGCCUAAGUCAGAGCUGCCAUUUUUCAAUCUGGGUUUUAUUUUCAAAACUAAACAUUGCAGUAAGAAAGAAUUAUUGAUUGGCUACAUCGGUGUGAAUUUUGAGUUAUAGGCUACGUAACAAGGGCUCUAAAUAUAUAUAUAUAUAUAUAUAUAUAUAUAUAUAUAUAUAUAUAUAUAUAUAUAUAUAUAUAUAUAUAUAUAUUCCACCAGUAAACAAGUGUCUCCAUGUUUACGCUAGUCUACUGUAGUUAAUAGCCUAUUCUGAGUAAAGCUCCAAGGUCAAACUUCGAGAACGUUCUUUUUUAUUAAUUUUUUCAUAAAAAAAAUAAACAAAAAAAAUUAGAAAAGAAACAAGUUUUGGAUUAUGAAACACCGUGCAAUGUUAAAGAAACAAUAGCCAACCUAAGGUGGUUAGUGGACUGUGAGAUUGAGUGGGAGGCACUUUGAUGUUUAGAUCGUCAAUAAUUUGGAAUUAACAUUGUUGUUUUUUUUAUUUAAUUUUAUAUUUGCGAGUACACCACACACAUUUUGGACUUGCUCUUCAGAUCAUACAAAGAAAUGUGUGUAAUUAUGUUUAAAUUAUUUAGAAAAAAAAUGUGUACCUCAUUUAAUAUUUAAAUUGAUAAUUUAGUUAGCAACUCCUGUGAAUUACACAAUGUAUAUAUAUAUAUAUAUAUAUAUAUAUAUAUAUAUAUAUA